AUGUUGCAACAGAAAGAGAUAUCAAAGAUAUUAUAUAGGGGAUUAGAUGCAAUUGAUUCAAAUCAACCAAUAUCAAUCUCAUUAUUAUCUCAUAAUGGUAAUCCAUUAAUUACUUUAACGAAAGAUAAGGAAUCUGAUGAUGGUAAUAUAAAUUUUAAAAUUCUUUCAUUAUUGACUUUUCAAAUUUUUAAUAAUAAUCAGUCAGAAGAUCAACAAGAUUGGAAUAUUAUAAAUUUUAAGAAUCAUGAUAUAAAGUCUAUUAUUAAAAAAGUUGAGAAUUUGGAAUAUUUUGUUAUUUUAUUUUAUGAAUUUGAUAAUGAUGGUUUUGCCAAAUUAAAAAUUGAUCUGGUUGUAAAUGCAUUAAAUGAAGGUUUUAAAGGAUACAAAGCAGAUGAAACAUGA